AUUUCCAAGCUCUGUGUUGGACAUCUUAGUUUAUAAAAAUAAAUCAUUUAGCUGUGUUGCUAGCUAACGAAAAUGAAUCCAAAUAUGAAUAUGAUGCAAAUGCCAGGACCACCAAUGAUGCAGGUAUCGCCCAUGAUGCAGUCGUCGCCACAAGGGCCAAUGCAACAGCAGCAUCAACAGCAGGCCGAAAAAAUGGACAACAUUUCCAUAUCAAGAGUGAAGACGCUUCUUGGACCACUGCGGGAAUCCAUGUUUUUAACAAUUAAGAACAGUGCAUUUACGCUUCAGCAAAACAAUGUUGCGGACAACCUUAAGCGAGACAAUGGACAUGUUGCGCGCUUCGACAAACACCUCGAGGAUUUCUAUGCAUGCUGUGAUCAAAUGGAACUACAUUUGAAAACGGCCAUGCAGUGCAUGCAGCAGUCGACUUCUUCCCAACACUACCUUCCAGCCGCUGUGACCGCAAUGCGCGUGGAGCCCUAUCAUGAAAAUCCAGGCGGCCCAAUAUCGUACCCCACUUAUUUGAGUCUGGCCAGAAUUCAUGUGCAAUCGUCGAAGGACAUCCAUGAUACUUUAAUCAGUGCAGCACAGAAUAUAUCACAGGCCGAUUGAUAUUCGUAGAAGUUGUAACCCUAUGCUAAGAUAUAAUAUAGAGAAAUAAAAUUGUAAAAACAUA